GCCCCUGCGCGGAUGAAUUCCGCCAUCCGCCUCUCCCCGCCGUGACCAGCGCAGGCCGCCCGUUCCCCUAUCCCGCCGUCCAUCCGCAUCGCCGCGUCGCCAGCAUGCCUCGCCCGCAUCAUUGUCGCUCCACACUCAGAGCCGCGCGCCAAAUCGUCGCAGCAGUCGCUGGCGCGCGUACCGGCAUCGCAUCAGGCAGCGCGCUCGCGCCCGCGCUGAUUGCGCACUCCCCGCCCCCGCCUCCCCCCCUUGCUGCUGCCCCCCCGCAUUCCUUCCGCAGCAGCGCGUUUCCCGCGUUCGAGGGGGCAGCAGUAAGGGGUACUGCGCGACAUGGCGGCCUUCCCGCGUAUGCGGGUGCUUUGCUCUCCGCCGCUGCGGCGGCCGUGGCAGCAGCGAGAGGGGAUGAAUGGGAGAGAAACGCGGGGAGCCGAGAUGGGCGAGCGCAAGGGGGAGGAGGUGAGGGAGAAGGAGAGGGGGGCAGCGACAGCGGAGAGGGGGGAAGAGAAAGGGGCGGGGAAGGAGAGGGGGAGAAGGAGCGCGGGGCAGAGAGGGGCGGGUUGGCAGCGGAGGUGCGGGCGGGGCUGGUGGCGGCGGUGGGGGAGGAGGGCGUGGUGGAGGAGUGGGACGAGCGGCACAGCCACGCCAAGCCGUGGAACAGCUACCACCAGGUGGCCAAGCUGCCCGCUGCCGUCGUGUACCCCAGUCCGGGCAUCACGUGGGGCCGCCCUCAACGACCACCUGCGCCCCCCCUCGGCCUCUUCUUCCCUCUCGACCCCGGCCCCGGCGCCACCAUCGGCGGCAUGGCGGCCACGCGCUGCAGCGGGUCCUUGGCGGUGCGCUACGGCACCAUGCGCGACAACGUCAUCGCGCUCAAGGCAGUGCUGGCGAGCGGCGAGGUGGUGAAGACAGCGGCGCGCACACGCAAGAGCGCGGCGGGGUACGACUUGACGCGGCUGCUGAUCGGGUCAGAGGGUACGCUGGGCGUGAUCACCGAGGUCACCGUGCGCCUGCACCGCAUCCCCACGCUCUCCGCCGUCGCCAUGUGCCCCUUCCCCUCCAUCCGGGCCGCCGCUGACGCCGCCAUCGCCACCGUGCACAGCGGGGUCGAG